UGGCGGGUGAAAGGUGAAGCUGUUCAGCGCGCCUUGUUUGGCGCCAGCGUUUUCGCGGGACUGCUGAAGAAACAGCGAGGCGACGAUUUCCCCGUUAUUGACAGUCGAUACUAAUCUUUUUAGGAAACCUAUUUGCUUGGUUUGUUAGUAUAAGUUUCCCAUCCAUGUUCACGCUGCUUUCGGUUGGUUGUGUUCCUUUAAUUUCAGUGAGGUGAGAGAACACUACUUUUCCCGUCUGGCUUCCUAGUUAGCUGCAGUGUGUUGUGGACAGGGACUUGAGGAUGAUGGCCACGGUCCCCAUGUCCAGUUCCAGCCUCCUCCCUCUCCUUGGAACUCUGGAGGACGUCGCAGCCGGGGUGUCUGAGCAGACUGAUGCCUACCUUACCAUUGCCAAUCGGCUCAGUGGAGAAGAUGGAAGGCAGUUCUUUCCUCUAAUCGUUAAGCACUUUUCACGCCUGGGUAAAGCUUUUCAGACUCACAUAUCCAGUGAAAAUGAGGAGCUAAGACAGGCUGCGCUUCAGGCCCUGGGUUUCUGUGUAUUCAGCACACACAUUGUCUCAGGCAUUCCUGCAAAUUUUGCAGAGGAGAUCUUGUUGACCCUUUGUGCCCUGGUGUUAAAGUCCACAGACAAGAACACCUGCACACGAGCAUUAUGGGUCAUUUCAAAACAGAACUUUUCUGCAGAGGUUGUUGCUAAGAAGACACCAGAAAUACUCAAGACUCUUGAGGCUCUGCAGACAAAAGACAUCCAGUCAGUGCUGACUGAUCACGAGUCUCUGAAUGUUGUUAUAAAGCUGCUUGAACAGGCUCCAGUUCAGAUGGGUGAAGGAGCAGUUUUGUGGAUUAAGCUGAUUGUACCUCUGGUAGUUCACUCAGCCUCUAAAGUGCGGUUGCGUGCAGCUGCAGCGCUAGAAAUGGGAAUGCCCCUUCUUCUGGAAAAACAGCAGGAGGUGGCUGCCCUUGUAGAGCCUAUGAUGUCUUCUAAACUUAUCCCUGAAAUGCAGAAACUGUUCUCCACCAAGAAUGAGAGCAAUGUGCUAAAGCUCUGGCCUUUAUUUGUAAAGCUUUUAGGCAAGAUGCUCCAUAAAGGAGGUGCCUUCAUAAAUUCGCUGCUUUAUUUAGAAGAGCUGGGCUUCCGCAGCUCCUCUCCGAGCAUUAAGAAAAUUGCCUUCCUAGCUUGGAAAAGCCUCAUUGACAACUUUGCCCUUAAUCCAGAUAUUCUCUGUAGCAGCAAGCGACUAAAACUACUUAUGCAGCCUCUCAGCUCCAUCCUUGUGAGGACUGAAGCCUUGCUGCUCACCAAAUUAGAAGUCUGGUGGUAUCUGGUGGUCAAACUAGGCCCUAACUUGUCUGCUAACUUUGAACAAGUUGGUGUACCACUGCUGCUUAGCACACUUCCUCCAGAUGCCUCAUUGGUGUCUCCAGCCACUCCUGCUAGAAACACAAGCCAAAGCAAUGGCAUUGGACUAGUUACUCCUAAACCAGGUGGUCCCUCGUGUAGUAGUCCAGGUGCUAGCUCUCAUCUGAGCUUGAACAGCAGUGUAAGCACACCCCUGUCCUAUGCCUCAAUCCAGCUGCUGGGACUGGAGAUGCUUUUGCACUACUUUCUAGGCUCACAGGCCAGUGCUGCUGCAGCCAAGAACAAUUUACAGCUCAAUCUUGAGCCUUUGACACACAACCUUCUCACCAGUCACUCGUUCUUCAGCAAGCACUCCUCCACACUCAUUUCAGCUGUUAGAGAUGGCUUCAUCUCUGUGGGCAAAGAUGCUCCAGAAGCAUUGCUGAGACUGAUUUGGACUAGCCUUGUUGGCCAUGUCAAUACAACAAUAGAAGCUGCUGGUAAUAAGAAGGAGAGGCAGGGUUCCGAAGUACUCACUCUCCUGCUACAGGCCCUGCAGUCUAUUGUGUCUUCUGAAGCCCUGCCAGCCCCACGGGCUCUGGCUUUGUUGGAAGCUACUGUGAAAGCCAUACCUCAGAAGGUACUAGGAUCUGCAGCAUAUCAAGUGGCUAACAUGGAUGUAUUGAAUGGUACCCCAGCUCUUUUCCUGAUUCUUCUUUUCUACAAGAGCAGUAUGCUCUCUUCGUUUGUGACUUACGAAGGAUUCUUUGUGUGCUUGGAGACCCUUGUCACUUGUGGUCUCUGUGGGCCCACAUCCCCCCUGGCCUUUGGAGAAUCUGUUUUGGGGACAGUGAGUGGCAGUGUGGAGUCUGUGGAAAACAGAGAGCAUUUGUGGAGAAUGUGGAGUGUAGUUGUGAACCCUUUAACUGAUACCAUUACACAGACAAAUGAGGUAAAUCAAGGAGAUGCCCUGGAGCAUAAUUUCAGCGCAAUUCAUAGUGCCUUGAUGUUUCCCAUUACUCACCUUUUGCCUGGCUCAGGUCUUCCACAGAUGACUCAGAAGACCAUGUUGAGCACUUGGUCUCGACUGUACAAGGCGUUUGCUCGCUGCUCUGCUCUCGUGGCCACAGCUGAAGAGAACGUGUGCUGUGAAGAGUUGUGUGCCAGGAUAUCUUCUGCACUGGAUAGUGAAGCCCUGAAGAAUUUGUCCACUCUUGACGCAGUAGCAAAUAUCUUGAUGUCCAUUGUUGAAAAUGUGGACUUCUCUCCAUUUACCCCUCAGUUUCAGCAAAAAAUGAAAUCCCCUCACACACCGCUACGCUGGGUUCGAAAGAGGAACAAAGCUCUGGGGAAUCUCUCAACCUUUCAUGCGCUCUUUGUGCAGUCUUUAGAGGUUUUCAUAACUUUGGCCUCUUCAGAGGCAAACAGUAUAGUUUUAAGUGGCAUUGGUACAAUGCUCUUCUCCAUUGUCUCGAUUCUUUUCACCAACAUUUCACUGCCCACUGUUAUUAAAGAGUUAUUGGCUUCCCUCACAAAACUUCUUGCGCUUCUUUAUGGUCCAGUUGUAAGUUCAGAAGGUCAACAGUCAAAGACCCACACUAUGCUAGCAUUCAAGUUGGAAAAGCUGGUAGGAGAUGUGUUUGGCAUCCUGCAAACACGUUCGGCAGUGCAGUAUAAUGAUGAGCUGCUGGAGAUUUUGUCUCCUUUGCUCUGUGUACUUUUCCAAAACAAGAGCAAACACAUCCGCUCUGUCAUGACUCAGUUCUGGAAUGGCACUUUUGGAAAUGCUCUUGUGCUGACGUACCCUGACAGUCUCAGGCCUGUUUUAAAUCAAGCUAAGCAGAAGUCUCCCUUAAUAUUACCUGGUUUUCGAUCAGUUGACAACUCUGAGGAUUUCAGCGGACAGUGCUCACAGAGUGAAGGUUCUCAACUUGACACCAAAAUCAGUGGGAUGAUGGUGACCUCAGUAGGAAAGAGAGAAUCCUUACUGACUAGGGCAGCAGUGCUACAGGAGAGGAGUUCUGGAACACCUUCCAAGCCUGUAUCUGUGAAAUUGGAUUUCGGUUCUCCGAAGCCACCACACAAAGAAGUUCUUGAGGAGGAGGCAUCAGUAGAUUUUGUCUUUAUUCCACCUGAGGCAAAGGAGAGAGUACUUACUGAACAUCAGAAGGAGGUCAAAAGAACUAAAAGGGUUGAUAUCCCUGCUAUGUACAAUAACUUGGAUGCCUCUUUGGAUACUACAGUCUUUACACAGUACACACAGAGUCAAGAGGAGUCCAUGGACAAACUGCCAACACAGGAACAAGCUGAGGCCAAAGAAAUUGAUAUGACUGACGCGCAGGAUUUAAAGGAUAAAGCAUCAUAUGUAAUUGAUGAUGAGAGAGUGCAAAAUAACAUCAAUCCAGACCUUGCUGCACAAGAAAAAGCAACAAAUGAAGAAAACCAAACUACUGAAGUGCUGUCUUCUCUGGAUGUCACAGCUGCAGAUGCUGGUGAACAUCAGGAUUCUGAGAGCCAAAGCCCAAAUGUGUCCAGUUCAUCUGACAUGAUCUCUGGUACUCCACCAAAGCCUAGCAGUCGACGUCAGUCCUUCAUAACCCUAGAGAAAUAUGGAGAGGAUAGACCAGCUAAUUCCCCAAGUGUUACAAAAUUUACUGGCCCACUCUCUAGGACUUCUUUUAGUCAGGAGCCACAAAAGUCACAAAAUGACUCAAACCUGCCUUCACCUUCUUCUUACUCACAGCCAGAAACUGGUAACGAGGUAUCUAAGGAAUCUGCUGCUAAUAUUACCGAGGAUUCUACUAAUAAGUCUGAUGGACUGGAAAUAGAGGCAGAGUUAAACUCGGUAGCUACAUGUCCAAGUGAAGGCACAGAAGAGGAUGUGAUCCCAGACACCCAAAACCAAGAGCUGACUGAGGUAGCUGAUCCUGACAAGUCCUUAGACAAAUUCAGUGUCAAGGGGAAUAUGGAAAUUGCCUCCCCUGGUAGAAAAUCUGAAGUUUUUGUUGCUUCUCAGGAUUCAAGUCCAGUUGAACCAAGGAGGUCUGGUAGACGCAGAAGUAAGCCGGUUCUGCCAGGGGAAGUGUCUGAUCAGGAAUCAAAAAGCACGAAGAAGCUUUCUGUUAAUGCAUCAACUUUGAAUGAUGCACAGAAACCUGCAUCUGUCAAGAACAAUUUGCCUACAAGAACCAGAAGAAGUCGAGUCCAUGAAGAGAACAAGAGCGAAAGUGUCAAACUGCAAAACCUUGAACAAAAAGAUGAACGGAGUGAUUCACAAGUACCAUCUCUGGCUAUCACAAACUCAUCACGGGGAAGAAAAAGUAGGAGUAAAGAGGUUACCAAGACUGAACAGUCUCCUUUAAGUUCAUCAGAUGAUAAGGAGUCGUCUCCUCUUAAUCAGUCACAUAGUCAGUCACAUGGUAGGCCUGUAAGGCGGACCAGAUUAAGCAAUGUUAAUGCAGACGUUUCGGACAAAACACAAAGAGUUGAGAACUCUCAGGAGGACUCUCCAGGUAGUGUAUCUAAACACAUGGAUAGUUCUGCAUCUGAUGCCGAUAGCCAGUCACCUGCCAGACCAAGAAGAGCACGAAGGGCUGAAGCAGCUGAAGCACAAAACAAAGAGAAGCCUGGGCUUAGAAAUGAACAAGUUUGUGAUCCAAGUCAUGCUCAGACACCAACAACCACAAAAGUCAAAUUGGGUAGGCGGAAGAAGGCUAAUGAAGAGAAUUCUGAAUGCUCACAGGGUAAUGACCUCAGUGAGCUACAGGACAAUUCUCAAGGGCGUGGCAAGUAUAGAACUCGUCGUUCAUCUCAAGCCUUGUUAGCAUCUGGUGAGAACUCUGAGUCAGAUGCGUCUGAUACCCGUGACGGACAAAAACCUAAAAGAGCUAGAGGGUAUAAAUCACCUGAAAUAACCACAAGCGCAGUGAUUACUGAAAAUGCUCAUGUGGAUGUGUUGGGCAAAGAAGAUGAAGGUAGCAUUUCAGUUCCAAUGGACGUGCCUAAAAAUGAGCCAGAAGCCUGUUUAGUUGUUGGCCCACUGAAUGAUAUUCAAGAUGUCCAUGAAGCUGAUGACAAAGUUGAAUCCCCUGUAGCUGAAAUCCAAGCAAAUGAACAUUACACUUCUGAUGUUAAAUCAGCUGAUGAUGAGCAACAAAGUGACUCUAAAAUGAAAAUGGAUUCCGAUAAAAAGGAGUCUGUUAUCACUGUUCUGGAAGAGAGGACCGUUGUGAACGAAGCCCUUCCAUCUUCACAGAACAGCCUACAAAGUGACUCUAAAAUGCAAAUGGAUUCCGAUAAAGAGGAGUCUGUUAAUGCUGUUCUUGAAGAAAGGACUGUUGUGACCGAAGCCCUUCCAUCUUCACAGAACAGCCUACAGCUAGCUCAAAACGUUGAAGUUAAGUCUCUGAAACCACGUAAAUGUCCUCAUAGCAAAAGAAGUCGUUGGCGCAGACAGUCCACUAACUGUAAAUGCCUCCAAGCUGGCAGCACACCUUCAAAAGAAGAAAGCAGUAAUUCACAAGAUGUACAGAAUAUCACUGAAAACAUGGUUCAACUUGAAUCAAGCAGCCUGCCACCUGAAGCCUUGUCGAACAGUAUUACUUCUGUCUUACCGGAAAAAGAGAGUGUGGUACUUCAAGAUAAUUGUCCUACUGUCGCUAAUGCACAAUCUUCUCCAUCUUUGCCCGUUUUUACCGAAGCAGAGGUGCCUGCUGUAAGCCUAGUGGAAAAGCCAAAUGAAAGCAUUUCCCAGUUUUCUGAUGUGAUUGAUGAUGCAAGAGAGGCAGAGGAAUGCAGCAAAGACACCGUAGAUGACACAGAGAAUAAACAUGAGGAAACGAAACAAGAUAAAAAUGUUUCAAAAGAUAAGUCUACCCAGGAACAACCACAGGAAGAUCCAGGUGCACCAGAGGUCUCUCCAAGCCCUAGCCAAUCUGUGGAGGAUAAACCAAUAUACCAGGAACAGUCUGAAUCUCCUGUCAGUCAGGAGGAAAUUGUUCACAGCAGAGAAGAAACUGAGGUGCCAGAAAAGGAGGAACUCGUGCCUGAGCUGGAAGGUGCGAUUACUGCACUCCCAGAGGGCACUGAACUAGACCGGUUCCCACAAGAAGAGGGAGAUGAUGGUGAAGCAACACAAAUAGAUAACGAUCUUCAACCUGAGACUGUCCUACCCUGUGAAGCAUCUGUACCUCUGCAAACUGCCUUAUCGGAAGCAUGCUUGGACUCUCCACCCAAAGAGAAGUCUUUAGAUUCGCUCUGUAGCAACACAGAAGCGAGGCAGAGUCCCAGUAAUAGUGUAACACGUGGUGUAUGGUCACCAUCAGCUUCUCCAUCUACAAGCAUUCUGAAGAAAGGACUGAAGAGGCAAUGUGAGGAAGAUACUCCAUCACCUCUCAUCAAGUCUCGCAGAGUGUCCUUCGCAAAUCCGAUAUACCAGCAGGAACUCGCUGAUGAUAUUGACCGCCGCAGUCCAGUAAUACGAACCAGCUCUCCAAAAUCAAAAGCAGUUGGACAGCCUAAGUAUAUUACAACGCCUACAAAAGGCCUGUCCCUCAGCCCUCGCAACCUUCGCACUCCCGGUUACAAGAGUUCAAAGAAAUGCCUGAUCUCAGAAAUGAGUCAGGAGCCCCGACCUAUUCCAAAGGAUUGUGUUUAUCCUGCUCUUGUCUGCUGUUCGACUCCUGUGGAGGCUGUUCUGCCCCAGAUUUCUUCUGCAAUGUGGCCUCGAGGCUUUGGUCAGCUUGUGCGUGCUAGAAAUAUUAAAACGGUUGGAGAUCUGAGCGCUCUUUCCCCAAACGAAAUCAAGUUGCUGCCUAUUCGCUCACCGAAAGUGUCAAAUCUCAAAAAAGCACUGAAAACCUAUUAUGAGCAGCAGCGCAAAGGGCGGCCAGACGACCUGAAAAGCUUUGAUGUGAUGGAGAAAAUGACCUCUGAACCUGAGGAGACACCAGCAGCUCCAAAUGAGGAGGACCAGGUGUCUGGAGAUGGACAAGAAAUCCUCUCAUCAGAAAUGCCAUCUACAGUAGAGCAGAAACAAGAAGAACCAAUGCCUGUGGAUCUGCUAUCAGAUGUUGCUGCUCUGGGAUCUCGUCUCACCCACAAUGAGCUCAGUCGUUGUUCACCAAUGGAACUGGGUCUGAUGCAUGAACAACUCAGUGGCAUGAUGAGGAAUAUUGUGGAUCAUCUUCAGUCACGUUUAGUCAGCAACCUUGAGGACAGUUUGUCAUGAUGGCAACCAGCAUUUUCAUCCUCAGCCUUCUACAUGGAACAUGCCUCACUGGUUUUUAAUGUUAUCAUCAGUGGACAACUUGGUUUUUAGUGAUCGUUUUAGCUGUGGGUCUUAUCAUCUUUUCCAAACUGAUGGGAUGGGUCUGCAAAUACCUGCUUUGAGAUUAAAAGCUUGUACCAUAUUUGUUUCCUAUUGAGAGCAUUAUAUGGAUCGAUGGGCCUCUCUUAGCCUUUUUAGUAAUGCUUCUUAAAGAAAUCCAUGCAGACCAGAAUGCAGAUGGCACUUUUAGUACUACAAUACUUUUGUUUUAAAUUUUUUUGUUUAAAUAAAGGAUUGAAGGUG